AUGCACCUGGCCGUGACUCCGAGCCUCACCUUCAACUUUGACGAGACCGCUUUGUACAUCUCAAUUUUGCCACGGAAAACCUACGGUAGCGUGCGCACGGCCGGCCGCAAGAUCGCCAAGCAACGUCUUACCGUCGGCUUUCUCGUCAACGCCGACGGUACCCGUGUGUUCAAGCCGUUGGUCAUCUCAAAGUCAAAGCGGCCUCACGAUUUCCGCCCCGAUUACAACCCCGAGGAGUAUGUCUACUGGCGCCACAACGCCAAGGGGUGGAUGACUAGCAAUGUAAGUCAUAAGCCGUCGGCAUACACCGUGAAUCCGCUGUUGGUGGCGCACGGGGUGCCUCCCGCUCGUUUGGGCACUCUCCCUCCCUCACGUGGAAGCAACCCCGCGGAACAACGGCGGACCAACCUCGAUGGCGCGGACGGGACCGAGAUCGGCCUCGACGAGGAGGUCAACGAUGUUGGCCUCCUCAUCGACCGGCUCUGCCUCGGACCAAGCGCAUUGUCGGCCGAGGCGUUCGUGUGGAUUGACGACAACCAGCCCACGUGCGCCGAACCCGGCGAGGAUCCCCUCGCGCGCGAGCCGCUGCCCCGCGAUGCGGCGGCUAUGUGGGAGGCGCCGGCGACCAUGCAGCAGGUGUACGAUGAUAGCAACCCCGCUUCUCGCGAGGCUCGUCGUACCGCGCGCGCGGCGUGCGAAAUGUUGAUCGGGUACGCGUGGGCGACGUGCAUCACCCCGCGCGACCUUUGCGCCCUUUUCGACAUUCGAAACCCCAUCAUCGUUGCGCGCAUGGAGUGCGCAAGCCCCGCGCUUGAUCUCAACAACCCCCCCCCCCCCCCCCCCCCCCCCCCCCCCCCCGCCAUGACUCACGCGGACACCCCGCCGCCAGAGACCCCUCGUCGCCGUGGCAGGGUGCUGCCGGCGUGGAUGCACGUGCCCACCCCGGACUGGGUGGCUCAGACGGCCCGCCGCCAGGAGCUCAUUGACGCCGGUGCUCCCGCCCUCAUGAGCGGGUACCUGGCAGCCGCAGAGUGGAUGCGGCUGUGA